CUACAAAAGGCGGUUUACAGCAGGCUGAGAGAUGGCUGACGUAUGCCUUCCUGUUUACGGUGUUUACAGAAGGACAAACCCCAGGUUUCACAGGGCUGCAGCUGCCAGGAGCAAGCCCUCUAAUUGCCGAUCUCAGCUCCCUCUUUGUUAGCCUUCAGAGCACUGGAUGUCUUGGUGGUGCUCGGCUCCGUGUACCACUCGACAAGUCGACUUCUUCCUGCAUCUCCAGCAACGCUCUGCUUCCAGACCCUUAUGAAUCAGAGAGGGUUUAUGUUGCAGAAUCUCUCAUUUCCAGCGCCGGAGAAGGACUGUUUUCGAAAGUGGCAGUGGGCCCCAAUACCGCCAUGUCUUUUUAUAAUGGAGUCCGAAUUACACACCAAGAGGUUGACAGCAGGGACUGGGUCCUUAAUGGGAACACCCUCUCCCUCGAUGAAGAAACGGUCAUUGAUGUGCCUGAGCCCUAUAACCACGUAUCCAAGUACUGUGCCUCCUUGGGACACAAGGCGAAUCCCUCCUUCACUCCAAACUGCGUCUAUGAUAUGUUUGUCCACCCCCGCUUUGGGCCCAUCAAAUGCAUCCGCACCUUGCGAGCGGUGGAGGCUGACGAGGAGCUCACGGUCGCCUACGGCUAUGACCACAGUCCCCCUGGCAAGAGUGGGCCUGAAGCCCCCGAGUGGUACCAGGUGGAGCUAAAAGCCUUCCAGGCCACCCAGCAAAAGUGAAAGGCCUGGUCCCGGGGUUCCAGAGACCUGGCACAAGAAACUUGGAUCUAUGCACUACGAUUCUCCGACAAUGGGACAGCCAGGGACUGCUCGUGCUGCACCAUCACAUCCUCUCGGGCUGCGUUAGCAGCGACGCUCUUGCACACUAACUAGGUCUGACUGCAUUACUCAUACCAGAUUUAAAAUUAGCUAGCCUUGCAGCAACAUCCUACUGAGAGGUUUCGUGGAGCACUCGACCUACGACGGCGUGACGUUCGGUGGUGGUUCGGGUCUAAAUCUGUCCCAAAUUCAGAGAUGCCAAAUGAUCAGACUGAAAAUGGGAGAUGGGGCUUUUCGGUCAUGUGUCAUCAGUGGUUUUUUUUUUUUUUUUUUUUUUCCCUCCGGCCAAUGCAGAUUGCAUUCUCACACUUGCAUCUGCGCCGUGUGGGAAAUAGAGAAUGAUUACAUCUGUAUUCUCUAAAUGUAGUAUAAUUUGCCUUCUAACCUUUGAUCUGUAUCUUGCAAUAGACUGGCUUUGUUUUUUUCCUAGUACACAGAAGCCCUCUUUUUGGGUCAUUUCAAUUCUCAGUCCUGUUCCCUGUCUUAGCUAUCCUCCCGGAUGGAUGAUGAGAGAAACCUUCCAAACAGAUUUUGUGUCACUGGGAGUGCGUAGGUCUUUCUGGCUCUUUGUUUCAUUAUUACACCCUAAUAUAAAGUACUGGCUCAUAGA